CCUGUCAAAGUCCGAGUGUCGUAAUAGAAAAUUCUCUAUUUACAUGCCUGUAGUUGGGGAGUAAAUGCUAAUAAUUAUUUUUCUAAAUUACUGUAUUGCAGACUCAAUAACCAACAAUACUUUGAUGCCAUUGUGUGUAAUGAUUUCUUGAAAUCGAAACCGAGUAACAAUUUUAAUAAGUUUAGUUCUUGUUAGUCUGCGAGACGUAACCGUAAAUCAAAUAGGUGGCUUGCCGCUUGCACGUUGUCAGAGCUCUACGCUUGGACAGUCGUCGUAAACAGUUACUCAAGGAAGAUCCAUUACAAUAACCUUCUUCUUAAAAGUUCUCAAAAAGUGAACCCUAUUGUUAAGUUGUCAAGUGUGAAAAUAAGAGCAAAUCAUUAAAGCCGGCGGGCAAUGUGAUAAUGUCCCGCAAGAGGACCCGGAUCAGCAGCGAAGAAGAAAUGAGUAUCAAAUUAACUGAAGUUGGAUGUGGUGAGGGGCACAAUGGCAGUGAGACCAGUAUAGUCAGUGGCUCCAGUGAGGCGCCGACAGAUGCCUUGCAGUCACUAAGGCAUGCAGCACCAUACAGUACAGACCCUGAAGCGAUAGCGGAACGUGAACGAUGUCACUACGGGCGCAUCCCCCGCGCGGCCGCCGCCGCCGGCACAGCACACCGCAAGGUGCGCGUCUACUCAGACGGCAUCUACGACAUGUUCCACCAAGGCCACGCCAGGCAACUGCAGCAGGCAAAGACGGUCUUCCCAAACGUCUACCUAAUCGUUGGUGUUUGCAGUGACAGUCUAACACACAGUCGUAAGGGCCGCACAGUCAUGACGGAGGACGAGAGAUAUGAGGCUGUCAGACAUUGCAGAUACGUCGAUGAGGUGGUAAUGGACGCGCCGUGGGAGUACGACGAGGAGUUCCUGGAGAAGCACAAGAUCGACUUCGUGGCGCACGACGACAUCCCCUACACGACCGAGGACUGCGAGGACACGUACGCGCUCAUCAAGGCCAAAGACAUGUUCGUGGCCACACAGAGGACAGAAGGUGUAUCCACAUCGGACAUAGUGGCGCGGAUAGUCCGCGACUACGACAUCUACGUGCGACGCAACCUCGCGCGCGGAUACUCCGCGAAGGAGCUCAAUGUCGGCUUCCUCAACGAGAAGAAGUUCCGACUGCAAAACAAAAUGGAUGAUCUUAAAGAGAAGGGGAAGAAGGUAAUGACAAACAUAGGCGAGAAGCGAGUGGAUAUCCUAACGAAAUGGGAGGAGAAGUCUCGAGAGCUGAUCGACGCUUUCCUGUUACUGUUCGGGCCCGACGGACGCCUGUCCAACAUCUGGAACGAGUCGAAGGGGCGCCUCAUGCAGGCGCUCAGCCAGCCGCCCUCGCCGCGGGGCUCGCCGCCGCCCAGCGAGAAUGGAGACUCACAUUCACCUGUACACAGCAGGAGUUCAGUAUCCCCGCCCCCGCCUAAGUCCCGGCGCUACGAGACGCUGUACGAGCCGCAAGCAGAUGCAUCGGGCUCUGAACGUACUGACGACUCGGAAGCGGCCGCACAGCGCCAGCUGACGGACGACGGCUCAGACGACAGCGACGACGAGUACCAGGACACCAGCCCCUACCUCUAGGCUCCCGGCGACGCCACUAGCACAACGAGGUUACAACGCGGCGCACGUGCGUCCGGCCCAAACGUGUCCACACAUUAAUUAUAGCAUAAAUUACGACGUUUAAAUUUUGUAUGCGCGUUGAGUACAAGAGCGAAUGUAUUUGAUAUUAUGUGAUUCGUAUAAAAAAAAACCUAAAUCUAUAGUUAUUUAUUUGUCUUGUUAAGUAAAUUUAGUUCCCUUCUCGCCCCAAUACGAUUGCAGGAUGGCUGCAUGUUGUUAGCACCUUAAAUACCAUUGUGUAAGAUAACUGGUGCAAAAUAUAGAGUUGAGAUAUUAAUUUUAUUUAUAUAUUUAGGUGACACUUUUUGACAGUCGAUUAAAAAGGUGCUUAUUAAUGA